GGAAGGUCUUUGUUGCCGGAAAACUUUCAUGAAGAAUGCUCAACGAGAAUGAUCCUCACAGAUUUGACGGUGGAGAUGCAGAGACACAAGACACGGUGGAGUCAGAGAAACAAGUCAUCACGUUGGAUGGAGUCCCAAAUGAACCGGCCGAACGAUUUUUGCUAGCAGAAUUGGAUUUGAAUGCCCGUCUUCGUACACUGACUUUUGGAGAGCCAGUGCGUUACCUGUACAACCCUCUAGAGUAUGCCUGGGAUACACACCAAUGUUACGUGAAGACGUACUGUCAACCAGGGCAAAGUGUGCUGUUUCUGGGUAUGAACCCAGGGCCGUUCGGCAUGGCUCAAACAGGGGUACCUUUUGGUGAGGUGAAUAAUGUCCGUGAUUGGCUGAAAAUCACUGGGGAGGUGGGACAUCCACCUGAUGAACAUCCCAAGCGCCCAAUCUUGGGACUGGCCUGCAAGCAGAGCGAGGUGAGCGGCGCCCGUUUCUGGGGCUUCUUCCGCAAGCAGUGCGGAGAGCCGCAGACCUUCUUCCGCCACUGUUUCGUUCACAACCUGUGCCCGCUGAUUUUCAUGAACGCCACAGGGAAGAACCUGACCCCUCCUGAGCUGCCCGCCGCAGAGAGAGAUGCCCUCCUGCGCCAUUGUGAUGCCACCCUCUGCCAGGUGGUGACAGCGCUGGGCAUCUCCAUGGUGAUUGGAGUAGGGAAGGUUGCCGAGCAGCGAGCACGCAGGGCUUUCUCUGAGGCAGGGGUCCAGGUGAGGGUGGAGGGGAUUCUGCACCCCUCCCCCAGGAGUGCACAGGCCAAUAAGGGCUGGGAGGCUGUGGCCAAAGCCAAGCUGGAGGAACUGGGUGUGCUCAAGUUGUUGACUAUGUGACUUCUAAUUCACAAUCAACACAUAUGAGACUGUCUACAUGCUACAGGGACAUGUUUACAAGUGAGAAUCUUGUAUGGUUCAAUUACUUUUGAAUGUUUUGAAUGCUGUCUAAAGGUGCAGUCAGCUAUUGUAUGCAAUUUCAAGGCCAUAACGUUUUUUUUGUCACAUUCAGUGAACAACUCCUUAUGAUCUGCUGGAUCCCCAUCCCUUGAGUACACUGUAAAAAACUGCUCUCUAUAGGUAGCCCAGGCUCCGAAAACUAAGGGCAGCCUGUUUCCCUAAAACAAAAUACUUUGUUGAGUUUCUCUGGGAAUACUGAAUGGAAGGGUGGGUUACGUCUGUGGUGUGUUUAGUUUGGUCCUUGGUUAAAAUAUAAUGUACACUAUAUUGCCAACAGUAUUUGCUCACCUGCCUUGACUCACAUAUGAACUUCAGUCACAUCCCAUUCUUAAUCCAUAGGGUUUAAGAUCACGUCGGUCCACCCUUUGCAGCUAUAACCGCUUCAACUCUUCUGGGAAGGCUUUCCACUAAGUUUUGACUAUUCUUUCAGAAGCACAUUUGUGAGGUCAGGUCACACACUGAUGUUGGACGAGGCGACUGGCUCUCAGUCUCCGCUCUAAGUAAUUCCAAAGGUGUUCUGUUGGGUUGAGGUCAGGACUCUGUGCAGGUCAGUCAAGUUCUUUUACAACAAACUCUGAUCAAUGUCUUUAUGGACCUUGCUUUGUGUACUGGUGCACAAUCAUGUUGGAACAGGAAGGGGUCAUAUUAAAACCUAUGGAUAAAGAAUGGGAUGUGACUGAAGUUCAUAUGUGACCCUUCAAAGCGAAAUCAGUCACUUUGCACAAACGUUAUUUUGAGAAAAUCCACAAUAAACAAACUUCCGGGUAAAAAUGUUGAAUUUCACGUUUUCGCAUAAUUUGACAGUAUACAGUCUACAGUUUCAUAUCGUGAUCUCAUUUCACGGAAAAACAUAUGUUUUGACUGUUAAACCCGGCGAAGAUUCAACACAUUUGCAGUCAUUCCCGUUGUCAACGCCACUUAAAAAGGUGAUUUCUCCUCUUUUGGCAUAUCGUGACAGGAGAACCAUGUCAACUUUGAAUGCGGUUAUCUUAGCGAUAGUUUGUGUAAUACCCUCGAUAUACAGUACAUAUCGUUGGAAAGCUUAGUUUACGGCCGUUCAUGUGAGCACAAUAACUUAAUUUUGUAAAUUUUACCGAAGCGACCGGUUUCGCUUUGCAGGGUCACAUGUGAGUCAAAGCAGGUGAGCAAAUACUUUUGGCAAUAUAGUGUAUGUUGUUUUAGACAAAAGCAUCUGAUGAGAAAUUGAAAUAAUUAUGUACAUGAACAUAAAUGUGAUGUCAUACGCAAUAAUAGACUGCACCUUCUUUUAAUGUUCAAUUGUUUGUCUACUUAUCCUUUAUAAUACUUAUGUGUGCGACUGUGCGCAAAACUGUUUUUUAUUUUUACCAUGUACUUUUUUAUUUUACCCAAAACCUUUCUAUCACGAUGACAAUGCAAUAAUUGCCAUCCUUUUUUUUUUCUUGUGUUGAUUACUAGUUGUUUCAGUAAUGCACCUGAAAGUCUGCACUGCCCUCCCAGCUUUCGACUGGCUUUACCUGUUCGCACCCACAGACUCAGGCAUGUCUCAGGCCUGACAGGCAGUGAUACAGUGACACGCGGCUCCAGACAGGCUCCAUGCCUGACACCGUAAUGAAUCAGACACAAUAGGGAGAGGGUCUGCUCAAUGCUUCCCCCCGAAAAUGGGUGCUCACUCAUGGAAUAAUGACAAUGUUUCCAUUGACCUGGAUAGGUUUGGCCCGUCGUCAUUGUGCACUGAUGAAAUAAAACCUUUUUGGGGCAGCAGGAGUAUGGAUAUUUUGUCAUGUGUGAUAUAAGGGAAGGCUGACCGGGGUCUAUAGGGCUUGGUUGUUCAUCAAUACCCAUAAGUACUGUAUAGAAAUGGACCAUAAGCAUAUUGCAAAGUUCCCUCGCUUUUACAUUAAUUUCUGAAAAACAAUCAAGACUGUAUUAGAGAGACAAGAAGUGGGGAUGUUGAUUGAUAGUUAUAAUAAGAUAUCACUUGAUUUGAAGCUAUGGCUCUCAUUUGUUUGGGUUAUGUUGCAGAUUUUCUCAGUGACUUUGGUGCGCUUCUCAAAUCGGGGGUAAUCCACUGAGGACCAUCCUGGUCAAAGUGGGGACAUAAUUAUUAUACAGAACAAAAAGUGCCCAACCUGAUUGUAUUGGAAAGUCUAGUGCAUUUAAAGUUUGAAUAGCUCUUGGUUGAGUCUGGUGCCUGGAGUAAGUUCCAUGUGCUUUCAUGAUUGCUUUUUACUGGAAUAAACAUGGAAGCUGCAUCAACAGCGAAGAAACAUAAUUUUUCGUAUGAACACCCUUAUGUUUUCUCAAACUGCAAAAGCCUGUAGCAUGCUGAAAAUGCUUUGUUUAUGUCUCAAAAGUAAAUAUGUGUUGCAAUCAAAAUGUCAGUGUCAUCAGAAUGACAAGGUCCUGUGUCAUUGUUAUAAGACAGUCAAAAUGCUGUACAAGAAUGAAAUUGUGCUUAUGAAAAUGCACAACAAUGCAGUUGUUUUCCUGUUUGGAUGACAUAAAUCAAUCAGCCUACAACAUUAACAAGGUACACAGAGUACUGUAUUGGGGAAAUUAUGAAAGAUACCACUACAGUAGACUACUGUUUAUACUGCAGUUAUGCUGCUUUUAUGAUGUGCACAAGUGACUAGAUACAAAGGUUGAAUUGGUAGUUUUGAGGAUUUCAACUCUGAUCUGAGAAAUGCAUCAAAGUGACAAAAACAGGACGAACAAUAUUC